AUAUUUGAGAGAAAAUAACCUCUCUUUUUGUUUUGCAUAUGGAACAUUUCUGUAAUAUUUUAUUUCAGCUCAUGCAACAUGGGACCAACACUUUACAUGACGCAUUUACAUUUUUGUUCUGUGUACGUUUGACCGGGGGAUACCAGGAAGGAAAUUUGACCUGUGUGCGUGCGUGCACCGAGCACAAGUCACACCCCCUGCUGCGCUGCGAAGGAAGGCUCUACUGUAGCCAGUACUAUAGCUUCAUAUUGUAUGCGUUCUCGGAGAAUUUCUCCACUUUUGAAUUCAUUCCUCGUGAGCGCACAGUGCAGUGUCGCAUUACAACUGCUCUAGCUAUUUAAUGUGACAUGAAUACGAAACCGAUCUGAUGAAAGGCUUGUUGAACGAGCUGAUAAACGUCAUCCCCGCACAUUUUUCGGUCAAUACGAUGCUUGACACGCAGUAGUCAAAGUUAGCUCAUCUGGCCUGUUUAUUCGGAUUGCAACCUAUCAUCUAAAAUUAUUUGGUUGAUAGUGUGACAGCAACGGAUCCUCCGCCUGCUGUCACCCAAGAAGCUAUACGACCCGGACCCGCCAGAGGAGCGUGAAAAAAACAAACAUCGGAGGCUGUCGUCUCAGAGGUUGCCUGCGGUGAUGUCCAAGGCAACGAAGUCAGCAUCCAAGUCUCGGUCCCACUCUGGGUCCUGGUCCAGAUCUCGCUCUGCCUCCCGCUCCAGAAGCAGCUCACGGUCCAGAUCUAGGAAACAUCGCUACAGGUGGCUAACAACCUCUAGGUCCCGCACUCGCUCGCGUUCCAGAUCUCAUUCUCCAUCCCACAAUAACCGAGAGCGGAACUACCCAAGGGAGUACCAGAAUAAUAACCGCGAGUUCCGGGGCUACCACCGAGGCUUCCGGAGGCCCUACUACUUCAGAGGCCGAGGGCGUGGUUACUUCCCACGGGGGCGCUUCCAGAGGGGUGGGGGAGGUGGCUACAACAACAACUACCGCCCCAAUAACUGGCAGAACUACAGGCAGCACCCCCAACAACAGCAGCAGCAACAACAACAGCAGCAGCAACACCCCCACAGCCCGAGACGGGGACGAUCCCGUACCCCUAAAAAGCGCCCGGGUAGCCCUCGUUCCCACAGCCACUCCAAGGUCUCGGACCGCUCUUCCUCGCCCCGAUCCCGGCAUUCCCGCCACUCCUCUACCUCACAUUCCUCCUCUCCCACACGCAGGUCGGGCUCUGGGUCAGCCACGCAGAACUCUAAGGAUGUCAAGGAGGAGCGCUCUGCCUCCAAGGAGGUCCAGAAGAAAGGAGGAGGAGAAGGAGAUGGCGAGCCCGUGGAGAUCACAGGGGUGUCUGCAGGGCCUGAUGGGAGCGCUGGUGGGGACAAGCCCAAGGCUAACUGGCAGGGUGUGACAGAUCAUAGCAACAGCACCAGCCCCAGGGGGUCAAGUCCUCAGGUGCGCUCAGCUGUUAUCAUUGGUCAGGGUGCCCCAGCUUCGACCCAGUCUAGUCCCUCUCCUAAAAGCACUAAUGCUAAUGGCUCCAAUUCCAAUGGUGCCCCCUCAUGGCAGAUUCAGACAGUGGGCAGUUCACCUUCCACCAAAAGCUCUUCUCAGAAAAGCCCCACACCUGUGUUCUCUGGCUUUGGCUUCUUCUCUAAAGAUGACAACCUGGCAGGAGAUAAAGCAGCUAUCUCCUCAGUGUUCAAAAGGUUCUUGGAAGAGCACAAUCAUAAGAAAAAGCAGUCUGCUUCGGAGAAUGGCAGAGAGAUGGAAACCAAUGAUGGGGAUGUUGAGCGGGAGAAAGGGAAUGGCAUGAAGGCCUCUGGGGGCAUCUUUGACAGAGAGCCCGACAAAGGGGAGAACGAGAAGUACAAGUACAUGGAAGACUUUGACGAUGACCGGAACGUGUCGUUGAACAGCUUCUUGAAAGCCUCCCCUUUCUUUUCCUGCGAUGGCGAGGAAGAGGACGAGGAGACGAUACCCAAGUCACGUCCCAAGGUGCUCCGCAAAGAGCGUGCCCGGGAGGACGACGGGUCGCCCAAGCCCAAGAGCAAAGUCAUCCUCUCGGCCAGGGAGCUAUUUGAGGAGCGCUUCGGCAAGUGGGAGGACCUGGCCUACUUGCAGGCGGCUGCCAAAGACGAUGAUCUUGAUGCCAUGGCGGAGGAGAUUUACCGCAGCCAGAAGCAGGAGAAGGCCAUGGCCAUAGCUGCGGCCUUAGCCAAGAGAGAGGCCAUAGCGGGCAUGCUCAGAGGCUUCUCCCCGGAGAACGUCAGCAAAGACAGGAGGAUGGAGAAAGCUGCCUCCAGCCUGUCCCCCAUCCCCGCACCACGGAGGAACUCUGACCGGGAGAUGUUCAUGGUCAGGGGGGAGGACUCUCCCCCAAGGGGCUCUGGGAAAAGAGGAGCAGAGUUCAGCGUCAGAAUGGAUUCCCUCAGAGAUGACGUGGCAAGCUCCUCUGGUGUUAUGGUUGGUGAGCGACGGUUAUCACGGGAUCUUGUGCAUCCUACUAAAAAGGAGCAGGAGUUUCGCUCUAUCUUCCAGCACAUUCAGGCCACACAGUUACAAAGGAGUCCCUCGGAGCUGUUUGCACAGCACAUUGUCACCAUUGUCCACUACAUUAAAGCACAGCACUUUCCAUCCAACGGAAUUACUCUAAAUGAGCGAUUUGCCAUGUACCAAAGAAGAGCUGCGCAAAAAGAAAUGAUGAAGCCAAGAAAGAGCCCAGAGAUACACAGGAGAAUUGAUGUUUCUCCCAGUGCUUUUAAGAAACACUCUCACCUGUUUGAGGGGAUGAAAAGCUCCGGGGAUGGCAGUUACAAGGACGAAGGUAAAAAAAUGAAGGGUGACUCAAUGGACCUUCGUCUGGAUAUUGAGCGCCGUAAAAAAUAUUCCACCCGGGAGAGUGAUUAUAAACAGGAUAGGGGGAGAGAUUCAGGAGACUCCCCAGAGGCUAGCAGGGAGAGGUCCGCUGAGAAAUCCUCCAAGCACCACAAGAAGUCCAAGAAAAACAAGAAGAAGCCAUCUCGCUCCUCCUCUUCCUCUUCUUCUGCCGAAUCUCACAGGGGAGGAGACUAUCCCCACGAGGAGCCUGAGCCCAAAGACGAAGGCUUUAACAAGGCCAGGCUGGGGCCUCGGGGGGACUAUGGCGGUCCCACGGAGAGGGGACGAGGACGCGGAGGCUUUCAAUUUAGAAUAAGAGGAAGGGGCUGGAACAGGGAAAAUGACCAGGGAAACAAUUCCAACAGUAAUACCGCUAACAUUUGCAUACCAGUUCACCCCAAGAAUGAGGACUGGGACCCAGAGUACACCCCCAAGAGCCGAAAAUACUACUUGCAUGAUGACAGGGAGGGCGAGAGGAAGUGGGUGGACAACCGAGGACGUGGAGGACGGGGGAACUUCCUGCGUGGCAGCAGGGGCCAUUUCAUUAUCCGGAAGGCCAGCGUUGGCCCACCCAACAACCACGCCAACAACAACAGCAGCCCCAAGUGGACACAUGACAAGUUCCAGGUCAACGGGGGGAAGGAGGAGGGCGAGCCCCAGGAGGAGGACACAGAGCAGGACCACAAAGACCAGGAGAAGUCUGAAGACAUGGAAAACGCUGAGCAGUGAGGGAGCUCAGGGAGAGAGAAACAUUGUACCAGCACAGUGGAAAUGUUCUACUGUCUCAAGUCAUCUGGGUCGUGUUGAAAUGGAUGAAAACGGACUGAAACAGGGGAGGAAAGGACUACCUGGACUUGUCCAAUAACAAACACUGUCCCAAUAACAAAACUACCUGGACUUGUCCAAUUAGAAAAGACCCUGCUCACAGCCUAUAUCACAAUCACAAUGGUUGGACAUGGGAGAGCUUUGCCCAUGCACAAAUACACACAUUAGGAAUCAAUCAGGACUCACUAUCUUUACUUAACAUUAUGUUAUACAUUUGUCAGGGUAUAGCUAACUUGUGUUUUAUCUGCUUAUAGUAGAAACACUGUUAGACAGUGAACUGCUGUGUUGGAAUAGGAAAUCUACGUAACCAACCUCUGCACUUGAUAGGUUAGCGCGAUGAAUAGUGCAUUGUGGGGUGUUAUGCCUCUUAGUACAGGGCUGAUGCAACAUUGCAUAACACUUUUUAAAAACAUUUUUAUAUCUUGACGCAAAAAAGUCACAUUUUUACAGAGCAUGACAGGAGGAUCUUUUUGUGCCUUAGACUUAAUAAAAUAUGUCGGACACAUAUUUAAAUAAUUAUAUGACAUUUGAGGCCAAACAGAUUAAUACUAUACUAGAAGAUAAACAUUUUAUUUAUUUAUUAUACAGUAGUGAUAAAUCGUACACUAUUACACAGUAGAUAUAUUUUUAGACCAGUUUAGCCAUCAACUGCAGAAAAUACAGUAUGCUGUUGACUUUAGCAAGUUUUAGGAUUCAAAUACGUAACCUACGGAUUCAAAUAAGUAACAUUCAACUACGUAACAUGCAACUUUGCAGCAUGUUUCUGGAUUCUACCAGGCUAAAGUACAGCUAGAGGCAAUCGAAUCCCCUUUUUACAUGACAACUGUGCCAGUGUCUAAUGGUCUAUAUGGUUUAGACCGUAUGGUUUAUAGUGGUCUUGCUAGUCCAGCAUCUUGCAAGUGACCCCUCUGACAAUGGGACCAAAUUGGGUCAAAGGUUAUAUUCUACAGACCUGCACUGUGGAGUGAAACAAGAUGCUCACAGUCCCCUAGAAGAGCAAACAGCAGUGGUGGGAAAAUUACCCAAUCGUCAUCCCUUAAAAGAAAAUGACUCAAGUAAAAGUUGAAAAAUUCUACUUGAGUAAAAGUCUAAAACUAUUUGAUUUUAAAUAUACUUAAGUAACAAAAGUUAAUAAAAAAAAUAUAUACUUAAGUGUCAAAAGUAAAAGGAUAAAUAAUUUAAAAUUCCUUAUAUUAAUCAAACCAGCACCCUUUUUUUUGUUUUUUAAAUGUAUGGAGAGCCAAGGGCACACUCCAACACUCAGACAUAAUUAACAAACAAAGCAUGUGUUCUAUGAGUGCGCCAGAUCAGAGGCAGUAGGGUUGACCAGGGGCGUUCUCUUGAUAAGUGCGUGAACUUUACUGCCCCGGGCUAAGCAUUCGAAAUGUAAAGAGUACUUUUGAGUUUCAGGGAAAAUGUGCGGAGUGAAAAGUACAUUAUUUUCUUUAGGAAUAUAGUGAAGUCAAAAUUAUAAACAGUAAAGUACAGGUACUCCCCCCCCCCCAAAAAAUACUUAGGUGGUGCUUUAAAGUAUUUAAGUACUUUACACCACUGGGAAACAGAGAUUGUUAAAUAAAAUGGCAUACCCUGUCUGCAAAGUCACAAUGGGCUACCUGGAUGUUUAUCUUGUCUAGUUUGUUGAGAAUCCUCUAUUGGAUUGUUAUAUCUUGUACAUUUCAAAACUGUUAACUUGGUCUUGGGUUGGGUGUGUGUACUACUUAUUAAUGGCUCAAUUUAUAAUUAUUUGUAGCAAUUAAUGCUUCCUUUGUAUAUGAAGAAAAAAAAUGGUGAUUGAUUAUAUCAUGGCAUUGAUUAGAUCAUGGCACACUCAAUGCUUUGAUGUGGUUUUCUCAUUGAAUGGGGACUUUUCCCCCUUGUGCAACGUCUGUUAAGUUUUGAUUGCUGAGUAGUAUGUGUGGGGUGCAACACAGUAAACUUUGGUUGAAUAUAAAAUAAAAUAACUUCUAAGGUAUUUGAAUUUGAUCCAAAAUGAUUUGUGCUGUUCAAUAAAAUAUAGUUUAUAAAAAAUUAUAGAAAAAGUAGACUGUUGCACUACUUGGAUUUGUAUGUCUUGCUGUGGGAGGCACUACUCUUUAAUGUACAUGAUAAAUGUUGUGGUUGACACUUUCAUGUUCAAUUUUAUGUGGUUGGGGCAAUAACUUUUUUAAAUGGUUCCUGUAGCCAAUGUUUUUCAGAUGUAAAUUAAAAAGAACUUUGGUUAAUUUAA